AUUAAAAUUAAAAUUAGGGGUCUCUCUUCUCAUUCCGUCCGGACUGCUGUCCUCUGCGACUUCCCUGCUUCUGACGAUCACUGAUCACCGCGUUCUGUGGCUCGAGAUGCUGCGUCGGUUCAAAACUCCCUCCCUCUCCCUCCUAUUGUUAAUUUUACCCGCCGUUCUACUGCUGAAUUUGAUGAACAAUUCUUCGGUAGGAGCUGAAGUCAUAACCUUAACCGCCGAAACGUUUAACGACAAGGUGCAGGAGAAAGAUACGGCAUGGUUCGUCAAGUUUUGUGUCCCUUGGUGCAAGCAUUGCAAAAACUUGGGAACAUUAUGGGAGGAUAUGGGGAAGGAAAUGGAAGGUGAAGAUGAGAUUGAGAUUGGAGAGGUUGACUGUGCAACAAAUAAGCCAGUGUGUUCAAAAGUAGAUAUACAUUCUUAUCCAACAUUCAAGUUAUUUUAUAACGGAGAAGAAGUUACGAAGUAUCAAGGUCCUAGGAAUGUCGAAUCACUCAAAACAUUUGUUUUGGAAGAAACUGAAAAGGCAGCUACAAAGGCGCAGCAGGACAAGGAUGGUGAGUUGUGAUUUCACCCAUACAACUGAGUUCGACACGUUCGAAUCUGUCUUUUGGCCUUCAAGUGGCUAAAUCAAAUUGCAUUAUGGCUUCAACCUACCUUACAAGGUUGAGGGAAGGUGUCAAAUGCUUGGUGGCUGCCUGGCUGGCUGACUUGUUUGAAACAGCAGACGUAUACUCUCUCUCUCUCUCUCUCUUCUCUCUCUACACUACAGCCAUGAGAAUUGAUUAUUAGCUUUGCACAAUCAAUUUUUUUUGUGACCAUUCAAAUCAUAUAUAAUAGCUGUUUUGGUUGAA